AUGGACCGUAUCUUUUUCAUAAGCUCAACUGUUUCCAGUAACCUCAAGUUACUCCAAGACCUCGACAUUAAAGAGCACGAUAUUUACGACCCCGAAGACCCCGAUUGUAUCGCUAAAGUGCUUAAAUCUGUUGACGAGAUGCGUGACGAGCUCGUUCAAUAUAGAGAAAAAUUAAAACUUUGGGAAAAGUUCGAAAACGAUUUGAAACACGCCGACCCCAGGGACUUGGACUACUUAACGACCGAAAUGAUGCUCUUCUACGAUGUAAAUACACACAAUUUCGAACCGCCUAAACCACCGAUUCAAGGCAACCGUAAUCCUGUGUGUAGUUUGGUGGUGGACGAUGGGCAAUCGACAAGUAUCAUGAGUUUAAAAGCCUGGAAAAGACUUUGCUUAACAUACCGCCACGUCGGUUCAUAUAGCGACGGAAGUCCACCCAUAGGUUUAUCCAUCUUUUGUUGCGUCCAGAACUAUGUAGCCAGUCACGGGACGGAGGGGAUAUGUAAAGCGACGAGGUCUCAAUUACGCGGAAUAGCUAUUUUUAGUAAUGACGAUUUUGAUUAG